CACCUCUGCGUCAUGGCUUUAUCUGUGGAAACAAAUGAGGUUUUGCCGGAUAACACAUUUUGUUUAUAUUAGUGUGUCUACAGCUGGGUUGUAAUUAUUUAUUUAUUCCCGGCAAUCGUGUGAAAGAAAUGGCGAAACGAAUUUCGCUCUCCACGUUGAAGUUUGAGCAGAAACUCAGAGACAAGCGUCACCAUUUCUUGACUCCCUGGGUCAACUGUAUGUGAGGAAUCUAAUUUGGAACUUCAAAUCUCAGCAAUUAAUUUUAACAGUAAACGCUGAAAUUGAAUAACAGCUUGGCAGGGUUUGUUAAAGGAAGUGAAGAUGAGAAAAACCAUGCUGGUGCCAUUGGUUUUUAUGACCUCUGCGCUGCUCACGGCGGAGACAUUCUUUUGUGAAGGGCCUGGCAAGCGGCUGAACCUCAGUCGGAGGAACAUCACCGAGGUUAAAUCAUGGACCAACUCGUGCUACUCCGUGACAACCAUCGAUUUGAGUGGCAACAACAUUGGAAGCAUUGGCAAAGAGAGCUUUCGACCCAUUCAAAACUUAACGAUACUCUAUCUCAAUGCUUCAGGCCUAGAGAAUUUGUCUGAAAAUUCCUUUGGAGGGAAUAAGUGUUUGGAAGAACUUUACUUACAGGAAAACAAACUCUCUGAAUUCCCCACGAAACUCAUUGAACAUCUACCCAACCUGCACACUCUCAGCAUCUAUUCAAAUCGCUUCUUGAAAAUUAAUGAUUUCAGCAGUCGUAAUGGCAAAUUGAAGAUGCUCUCUCUUGGGCCUCAGCUAUCAAUGCGUUCUCCGGACACACUGGAUUUCCGUCGACUUAGAAAUCUCAAGGUUCUUAAUCUGACGAAGAUGAAGAUCGUGAACGUGCCACAUUUUCCUCCAUCAUCCCGCAUUGAACAAAUUGAUAUUUCAAGCAACAACCUGACAUUCAACGCAAAUGACUUUGAAAAUUGCGAACAUCUCGAAAUCAUUAGCUUUAAAGCGUGCAACAUCGAUAAGCUCGUCGUCGACUUAUUCAAAUCUCAAAAGAAUCUCAAGAAGCUGGACUUGACUGAAAAUCCACUCAAGAGUGACUUCCAGACAAACUACAACGUUAUUCAGAGCCUUGUGGACAAGAAGGUUCAGGUUGAAGUGACCUGCCGAGAAUGCACGAAUUUGUGCAAUAACAGCUUACCAACUCUGAAAAUAGUUUGUCAUGCACAUGAAGAAAGAUACGACUGGUGCCCAAAACAAUGUCCACAAAAUAACUUUGCUGUGAAUAGUGGAGAAAGUAGCAUUAAUUACACACUCUGGAUCAUAUGUAUAUUGAUGGUCGUGUUGAUUAUGUUCAUUACAACCAUCAUAUUUUGCAAGAUGAAGGGAUCAAGAAGACUCGAAAUACUAAGACCAGAAGGCUCCAGCCACAAUACAAACAAAACUGACGCUUAAGUGUUGUGUACUUCAAAAGAGAUCAUGUAAUUGAUUUCCCCUUCCACGUUUGAUUCUAAAGCUCUCAAUUCAUUUCAAUAUGGUCUGUGGUUUCUAAAUGUCAUUCAUGACAAGUCACCCAAUUGCGUUAAGUGAAUCGUUGGGUAUUGUUUUUUUCUUCGAAUUAUCUGUUCACAUCUUACUAUUCACAUAUUUUACAUCUGAAAUAACGUUAGUGCAUGUAUUGUUUAAGUGCUAACUAAGCUG